AUGUUUCUCAAACAGAUAUUUGUGGAGAACUAUUUGAAAGAUCUCUUGAAGAUUGAGCACUUAUCACCACAGACAAAUGUCCAGUGUUUCUCUGUUGCCUACUUCGAGGCUUUAAACACGUUACUGGAAGAAACUGACCAGGAGUGAGUUGUAUAUCUAUGCUCAGUUGGGGGGGGGGGGCACAUCUCAUGAACACACUCUAACCUAUGGGAACCUAACCUAGGCACAUCUCAUGCAGACACUCUAACCUGGGAACCUAAUCUAGGCACAUCUCAUGAAGACACUCUAACCUGGGAACCUAACCUAGGCACAUCUCAUGCAGACACUCUAACCUGGGAACCUAACCUAGGCACAUCUCAUGCAGACACUCUAACCUGGGAACCUAACAUAGGCACAUCUCAUGAAGACACUCUAACCUGGGAACCUAAUCUAGGCACAUCUCAUGAAGACACUCUAACCUGGGAACCUAACCUAGGCACAUCUCAUGCACACACUCUAACCUGGGAACCUAAUCUAGGAACAUCUCAUGAAGACACUCUAACCUGGGAACCUAACCUAGGCACAUCUCAUGAAGACACUCUAACCUGGGAACCUAACCUAGGCACAUCUCAUGCAGACACUCUAACCUGGGAACCUAAUCUAGGCACAUCUCAUGAAGACACUCUAACCUGGGAACCUAAUCUAGGCACAUCUCAUGAAGACACUCUAACCUGGGAACCUAAUCUAGGCACAUCUCAUGAAGACACUCUAACCUGGGAACCUAACCUAGGCACAUCUCAUGCAGACACUCUAACCUGGGAACAUAAUCUAGGCACAUCUCAUGAAGACACUCUAACCUGGGAACCUAAUCUAGGCACAUAUCAUGAAGACACUCUAACCUGGGAACCUAACCUAGGCACAUCUCAUGCAGACACUCUAACCUGGGAACCUAAUCUAGGCACAUCACAUGAAGACACCUUAACCCGGAAACCUAACCUAGGCACGUCUCAUGCAGGCGCUCUAAGCUGGGCACCUAACCUAGGCACGUCUCAUGCAGGCACUAUAACAAGAGUGGUCAACCUAGAGCCUGCAGGCAACAUGUUGCAUUGAAAUGUUUGAUCUGGUCCACAUGGAUUCCUCUAUUCCCCUACAACGUACUCACAAGCAAUCUGGUCCACAUGGAUUCCUCUAUUCCCCUACAACGUACACACAAGCAAUCUGGUCCACAUGGAUUCCUCUAUUCCCCUACAACGUACACACAAGCAAUCUGGUCCACAUGGAUUCCUCUAUUCCCCUACAACGUACAAACAAGCUAUCUGGUCCACAUGGAUUCCUCUAUUCCCCUACAACGUACAAACAAGCAAUCUGGUCCACAUGGAUUCCUCUAUUCCCCUACAACGUACAAACAGCAAUGAUUAUCGGUAAAAAAAACCUUCGAAAAAUGACCUUCACCUUUUGAAAAUUUGUCAAACUGUCAUAACAAUAGUGACAGAAAAUGAUAAAAUCAAUCAGCAGAUUAUUUUUGUAAUUGAUUUGUUCAAUUUAUUUGUUCAAUUUAUUUGCUGAAAUUAUUUGUUGAAUUUAUUUGCUGAAUUUAUUAGUUGAAAUUAUUUGCUGAAUUUAUUUGCUGAAUUUACUUUCUGAAUUUAUUUGCUGAAUUGACUUGUUGAAUUGAUUUGUUGAAUUGAUUUGUUGAAUGGACUUGUUGAAUUGACUGUCCAAAACUCUUGAUUGAUAGAAAAAUGAUCGUGCCUCUCGCCAACAUUAAAAUAAACGUUUACAUUUCCCUGCCCGCCAUAUAAGCUCUGCCCCGCCAUAUAAGCUCUGCCCCGCCAUAUAAGCUCUGCCCCGCCAUAUAAGCUCUCCCCCGCCAUAUAAGCUCGCCUCUUGAAUGGAUGCCCAGAGAUCCAUUCGGACUGCUUCAACUCUACUUCAAUAGUAUAACGUCUUCAGUCGGCCAUGACAUUAAUACUCUUAAUUGAAGUUGACAGGAAAUCUAGUGUUAAAUUUAAAAAAGGGAUGAAACAGUAAAUGCCCCAUCUUGACUCUGCCAUGCUCAUCUCCCUUCAGAACACUGGCCAACUACCUGAUGUGGUACUUCAUCUCGGCACACACAGACUACCUUCCGGACAUCUACAGCAAGCAGUUCGUCCAGGUGAUGAGACUCACCGGUAGCGCCACGAGGCUUGAUUCGCGGAUGGAGAUGUGCCUGGAGAAAGUUAAAGACUUCUUUCCGUCUCCUGUCAACACCCUGUUUAUCCAGGAGAAGUAUAAG